GAAAUUCUAGCGGCACUUUCUCUAGUAGUAGUACCGCAACUAUUCCUCCGUCGGUUUUGGUCAUUCCGGUCGUUUUUUGGUGCCUGUGUGUUUAUUUUUUUUUUGCCUUGUAGUUUUUGGGGAUACUCUUAAGUUAAAAUGAGUCUGCUAGUACAACCAAGCCCCGAACUCCAAAUCAACAUCAGAAAGGAACUGAACGAAGAUGUUAACACCAGAGACUCCGAUCUCCAGCACAUCAAGGAUUGGUUGCAAAAACAGCCACAUCUUCCAGACACCUGGGAUGAACAGAGAUUGAUGACCUUCUUGAGAGGGUGCAAGUUCUCGUUGGAAAAGACCAAAAGGAAGCUUGAUAUGUACUUCACAAUGAGGGCCGCCUGUCCCGAGUUCUUCACCAAUCGUGACAUCAACCGUCCCGAGCUCAUGGCUCUUAAGAAAUUGGGAGCUCUCCCUCCACUUCCCGGCUUGACACCGAACGGCAGAAGGGUGAUAGUAAUGCGGGGCAACGACAAAGACGUGGACACCCCCAACCUGGCCGACAUCAUGAAACUGGUGCUCAUGGUGGGUGACGUGAGACUCGCCGAAGAACAAGUCGGAGUCGCCGGCGACGUGUACAUCUUGGACGCCAGCGUCGCCACCGCCAACCAUUUCUCCAAAAUCACCCCGACCCUCGUCAAGAAGUUCCUGGUCUGCGUCCAAGAGGCCUACCCGGUCAAACUCAAGGAGGUGCACGUGGUCAACGUCUCCCCGUUCGUCGACACCAUAAUCGGCUGGGUGAAGCCCUUCCUUAAGGAGAAGAUCCGCGAGAGAAUCCACGUGCACUCCAACUUGGAGAGUUUGUACAAGUUCGUGCCCAAGGACAUAUUGCCCGCGGAGUACGGCGGUGAUGCGGGCAAAAUCGACGACAUCAACGAGGCUUGGGUGGAGAAAUUAAAAGAGUACACCCAGUGGUUCAAGGAUCAGGAAAGUUUAAAGGCGGACGAAUCGAAGAGACCCGGCAAACCGACGAAUUACGAGGAUCUGUUCGGUUUAGAUGGUAGUUUCAGACAGUUGACGAUUGAUUGAGCCGAUUCAGGAAUCAGCAUCUUCAACGACACCAAAUUUUCUUUUUGUUGCGUACUUUUCGUUCACUUUUCAGGUUGUUCAAGCUCUUGAUUUUGCUGCGUCGCGUUUUUGUGAUUUUUGGGUAUUUUUGUAGUUCUUUUUUUGUAUAAUAAACUUUGUUAAACCGA